AAAGUCCCCAGCAAUUCACAAUGGCCAAGCCCGGACUCAAAGCACUGUUGAAGAACAAGAAGGUCGAGGAGCAGGUUUCGCGCCAGCAGAAGAAGAAGCAGCCGGUUGCUAAGGCGCCGGAGUCUGAGAGCGAGGAGGAAGUUUCGGAGUUUGAGGAGCAGGCGCCGGAGUUGGUUGAGGUUCCGAGGGAUGCGGAUGAGUCUUCUGAGGAUGAGGAGGCGGAGAGCGAUGCUGAGGUUGAGGACGCGGAGGAGAUCGACGGUGAUGAGGAUGAGGAGGAGGCUGAGGAGGACGAUGAGGAAGACGAAGAUGAGGAGGACGUUGCGUUGUCCGACAUUGAGUCUCUCGCGGACGAGGAUGCGGACUUUGUACCAUAUCAGCGUCUCACCAUUGACAACCACGCCGCACUCAACGCUGCCACCGCACGCAUCACCCAGGCAAUUGACUCCCUCCCCUUCGUCGAGCACCAACAAAUCACCACCGCCGAGCCCGUCACAAUCGAAGACGUCAACGACGACUUGAACCGCGAACUCGCUUUCUACAAGCAAGCUCUCGACGCCGCCAAGGAGGGCCGUACCAAGAUCACCGCCGAGGGCGCACCAUUCUCAAGACCGGAUGAUUACUUUGCGGAAAUGAUGAAGACGGACGAACACAUGGAGAAGGUCAAGGAGAAGUUGAUUGCGGAGGCUACGGCCAAGAAGGCGUCCGCGGAGGCGAAGAGACAACGUGAUCUUAAGAAGUUCGGAAAACAGGUUCAGGUUGCCAAGUUGCAGGAGCGUCAGAAGGAGAAGAAGGACACUUUGGAGAAGAUCAAGGGUCUUAAGAGAAAGAGGGCUGAUGGCGAGGAUCUCACUACUAAUGACGAUUUCGAAGUCGCUCUCGAGAAGGCUGAGAAGAAGGGCGGUGCUGGUAAGGCCGGUGAAAAGCGCCAGCGCACCAGCACUCCCGCCUCCCGAGGCAAGCGUGACUCCAAGAACGAGAAGUUCGGUCACGGUGGUAAGAAGAGGCACAACAAGUCAAAUACCUCAGACUCAACCAAUGACUUGGGAGACCGUUUCGGCGGCGGUGGUCGUGGAGGACGUGGUGGUGCCCGUGGUGGACGUGGAGGAGGUCGUGGUGGUUCUCGUGGAAAGUCAUCGCGUCCGGGAAAGUCUAAGAGGGUGGCAAACCGUGGAUAAACUGGUGCACGUAGCGUGAAGAUUUCCUGGUCUUGUGUUUCU